AGAUUAUAUGGCGCAAUUUAUCAAACCUGGUACCAGUGUUUCGACAAUUGAUCUUACUAAUUGUGGUAAACUUGCACUCUGUUCAAAAUCAAGUACCCUUCAAGGUAGUAUAAGACGACGACGGCGACGAAUAGCCAGAAGUCAAAGUAUGGGAAAUUAUAUUUGA